AUGGUUGAUGGAUCCCCAGAUCUAGAUUUCCCCGUAUCUUCCGCCCUUUCGGCAUCUUCUUCAUUGUCCCCGACUAACACGCGCAACUUGCGUGCCGAAUCGCGUCUGGCCCCGGCCGUGUUUUUAUCCUCUCCGUCAGGAGACGAGAGCUCCAGCUCAUCCGCUGGUUCUCCCUCCCAGAGCGUCACUCUCGAUCCCCCGUCGCUUCCAUUCAGAUCGGCCACCCUUCGUCCGACUGACUCGCAAACUUCGUCGCCCGACAAUCGCAGAGCGGAAAGCAGUGUCUACUACACCACUGCCUGGGGGUCUCCGUAUGCAGCACCGAGUACCCGGAGAUUAUCCUUGACACUGAGCCAAUACGCCGGCAUCGAUAACGGAGCAUCGAGAGAUAGCUCCCCCACCCCAUCUAUCAAUCCCCCGGAGCUUCGGAGAGCUAGUGUCGCCGUCAAUUCCGAGGAUCUUGCUGGUCACCGCGGAGGAAAGUCAAUUCGUGAUUUCACCCAGGAUUGGAUCAAUCAAUAUUUAUCCGGCCAGCCCAGGACCGCCGAGCGCAGUAAUUGGCUGAGCGACGAUUCGGGAAGCGAAGCACCUUCAUUUUUUACGGCCAAGAAUCACCUCGCCGACGAUCUUUCAGACGACUGGCUUGGUCUGGAGGAAGAUAAUCGCGAAAGUGAGCUUCUAAAGACCCCGACGCUAUCCGAUUUUGUUGGGAAAAAGACGAGCGCCCGUGGAAAGAGCAAGAAAAACAGCCACAAGCGAACGGAGACGCUGAGACAGGAGGACUUUUGGGGUUUCGCAUACGACAAAGAAUUACCAAAUAUCACCAUGUCAGAACAUAACGAGAACCAGCUGCCGGCUGUGGAGGUGACUUCACCAAAUGAAAAGCCAUUGCCACCGCCGCCAACGACAACAAACGACGAGGUCUCAACACCAGAAUACGCAGAGAGAUCAGGGGGGCCCGAUGUUUCGAAGAAGGAGGCCGAGAUUAGCACACCGUCCAUUCAAUUACCACAGAGGAGGAGGAAGAAGAUUGUAUGGAAGGGUAAAGCAUGUGUUAUCGAUAUACCGGUCGAUGAUCCUCGUGGGACUGAAGCAUCUGGUCAACAUAUUAUGAAGCCCGAGGAGGUUGAGGCUCGAUUAAAACAGUGGGAGGAACAAGGUUAUGACGUUCGAGGAUUCACCAUUGGUGAUGUGCACGACACCGCCGAACCAACUGAACUGGGCAGUUUGACUCGUCCUUUAUAUCCGGAUCCAGCUGAGACGCACGACGAGGGCAAGGCUCAACCCGCCUUCAUCCGUUUCCCCGACAAGGCCGUAUGGGAUUCCUAUGUGGCUCACUUGCAGGAGGAGAAACUUCGGGCUCUUGGUGUCUCCUUUGGUGACGAUGAACCGGGUCCUUCCAUUUCUCCCGCCUCUGGAUCCAUGAACAAUUCGCAAACGCCAUUCCCCGGCUUGGUAGCAUCGCCGCCCAUUCCCAGCGCAUCCUCUGCAAGCAAUCCGCUUGGCGGUAUCCAUCCCUUCUCACCUCAAUUUGGCCAAUCCACUGGAGCUGGUGGUAUUGGGUCUCUGGCCUCGCCGGCAUCGCAAUUCAGCGUGCAGACGCCGUUUAUGGGCAUGAAUGGCAUGGAUCAGAAUAUGAUUUCUGGCUUCCCAUUCCAGUACCAGCCUACGCCACCCGCCCAGGGAGCUAUGACCCCACAAAGCCUGAUCAACAUCCGACAAGCAAAUGGCUCUGUUGGUCCAGCUGGGCUCCAUAAUUUCACUUCGAUGAUGUCGCCUGUAUCGCCGAUGCAUGACCAAGUCCCAUUCCAUUCAGCCUUUAACGAUGGGUUCCAAGAGAAGGAGAUUUAUAACGACCGCUUUGGAAAUGAGGUUUAUGAGGAUGGUCCUCCAUUCCCAACUCCUCAGACUCCUGUCAACGAUCCGAGCCAGUUCCACGCUUCUAACGUAGAGAUUGCUCACCCGACGCCCCGCGGCCAUGGCCACAACUUGAGUGAGACUCUGCAGAGAGGUCUUGAAAAUAUGACACAACCCGAAUAUCGCUUGAACCACCCUAUCGAGCACAGCAUGGAAACAGAUGAGCAUGACGCAAGUCACCACGAUCUCAAUGCCAAUAUUCUCAAGUCCCGCUGGGCCUUACCGGAGAAUCAUGCUCACCACCAGGUUCAAAAUGGGCCCUCUCAAGCGGCGCACUCGUUCGCCCAGCACCCUCACCAGUUUUACAAUGAGCAAUAUGCUCACGAUAAUGCCCAUGAGGGCUCUGACUUUGAUACCAACCCUAGCAUUACAGGGACUCCUCAGACUCGGGGUGCGCAGCCAAAUCAAGGGCCAUGGCACGAGGCGAAGCCAAGCGCUGGCUCUUUCCGCGGUCACCACUCCAGGCUAUCUACUUCAUCUUUCAAUGUCGAAGCCAAGGAGUUUGACCCUACCGCUUCUUUCGGAUCCCAGCCCGCCCCAUUCGUCAAUCCUGCGUUCCAAUUUGGAGGUGUCGAACAGCCCGGUUAUGGCUUUGCUCCCGCAACUUCUUUCCCUCCUCCUGGCAUUACGAAUGCGCCCAUGAAUCCCAACCCGAACCCGGAGCCCAAACCGAAAUCCAGCUUCAAGUUUUCGGCUGCGUCAUUUAACGUGGAUGCGCCUGUUUUCAACCCGUCUGCUAGCAUCACCUCAAAUCAUACCGCUAAGCAGCCAUCUGAGAGCCGGGCAAAGAUUUUCGGUGAUAUUGAUAUCUCUGAAAUGCCAAAGGGAAGCAAGGAGUCUAAGGCUGUUCCUAUCGUACGACCGGAUGAUGAAGUUGAAAUCAAGGAAGAAGAGAAUGAACAAGAGACUCAUGAGGAUGUUGAGGGACGACCAGUGCCAACUGAUCGUCACAAGCGCGCUCGCCGAGCUGUUGGCCAUGCUGAAGGCGAGGCCCGCUACAGCAUUUCAACCCACCCUCUGGGCGAGUCCGGCAACGCUCAAGCAUCCAACACGCUCCAGAAUGUCGCAGAAGGCAAGGAGAAUUCUUUCCCUGGGGACAUUGACAAUAUCAGUCACAAGCGGACCGAGCGCGAUGGCACUCCCGACAGCGAGGCGGAUACCUGGACUCUAUUCGAUGCCCAGCGCGAUGCUGAUGCGCGAUCUCACUCUUCAACUCCUGGCCCCGAGGAGCAGUCCAAGAACGUCACGGAGUCUAUUGAGGAGACUGGACUGGAACAGUCAGGCGACGCUCCUGUGGGUCACUCAUCGCAAGAAUCCCAGGACAAGAACAUGCUUUCUGCCACGGCUAAACCCUUCGAAUUCAAGCCUGUUGUUUCCUCUUUCUCGCCGAGCGGUAUCAAACCCCCCAACUUUGGAGAACAAAGCCCCUCAUUACGAAAGUCAGAGGAUCAGCAAGAUGAGAAGAAGCAGAAGAGUGGUCUCUUUGCUUCUCGCUUCGCUACUUCUAGCCCACCAAAAUCGCACCCUCGUCCUCUCUCACAAACCAUUGCGCUAUUCCAGGAACCGGAGACUCUCACUGCUCAGCAGAAGCUCGAAUACUACCGCGAAUCUGCGGAUGAAUCCCCCGAUGAUGAUGAGCUCAACGCAAUCAUGGAGCAGCUCAACGAUGACUCAGAUGUGGGUAUUGAGCGCCAGGCAACCCCUCUCCCUCUCACCACGCCCCUUCCUCGCCAAUACAUCUCCGAGUCUGUCGGUGGACCGACCAAGGAACGACCGUUUGGCUCUGCAGAGGGCAGAAGCGAAGCCCCCAGCCCCAGUCCCGGUGGUGGUCACAAGUCCUACAGGCUUGAUAUCCCCAAGCUUGGCUCAGACAUCGAUGCUCAAAGCACUGGCAAUUUCUCUCCGGUCAAGAGUCUCAUCUCUCGCAUCCAGUCUCCCGUGCGUCAACUCAUUACUGAGAACGACCAUGUCAGCGAUUGGGACGAUAUGAUAUCCUCUGGUGAGGAUGAGAAGUUCUUCAACCGCAACCGCUUCUUCGACCGUCGCAUCAAUGACAUCGUUGGUUCCGCUAUUGAUGAUCGUCUGAGUCCAAUGGAGCGCGCUUUGGCUGUCAUCCAGCAAUCUGUUGCCUCCCUCGCCACUGGCGCUGCUACUCGGAGGGUCUUGCGCAGUACAUCUGCCGAACUGGAAGACAGCGAUGCUGAUGACGAGGAUGACGGCGAGGAGGCGCACGAGACAUCGUCUAGAGACCGUUCGCCCCACCAUAUGCGUGACCGCAAGGUUGAGAUGUUGAAGAGCAUUGUCAUGGAGGCUCUUGUCACCCAUGAUAUGCCUCACCGCUCGGCUCCUCACUCCAGCCACAGUGAAAUGGCUCUGCUCAAGGAAAGUAUUGCUGAGCUCCAGGCUUUGACCAUCAAGAAGCUUGCACAGGAUCCUGUCGGUGACAUGCGCGAGAUUCUCGAGGAGACGCUUGCUAGGCAAUUGGCCCAGCAAACUCCGCGCUUGUCUGAAGCCGAAGAGAUCGGCGCGGAUAGCCUCAUGCUCCAGAUCGAUGGUCUUAAGAGCAUGUUGCGACUUGCUGAUGAGCGCUCCGAGCAGGAAUACAGAGCACGUCGUGAGGCACAGGAAUCUAUUGGUGAACUCCAAAGCCUGCUCAAGCUCGCCGAAGAGGAUGCUGCGCGUCACAGUGCCGCCGCUGAAGAUGCCGAGGCUCGCUUCCUCUACUUCAAGGAGGAGAAGAUUCCUCAUCUCGAGAAGAUGCAGUUCCGAUCCGAGUCCCUUGCGGAGGAGAAUGAGACUCUCAAGGUUACCCUUGCUGAGCUUUCUUCCAAGAACAUCGCUCUUGAAGGCACCCUGGAUGAGUACCGUGUUACCAGCGACCACUUCCGUCGUCAACUGGAGACCACCAAGGACGAGAACAAGUCUCUUCAUGAGACUGUUGAUCACCUACGUACUCGCAUUGAGGACAGCAUGCAUGCUCGCCAGAAUCUCACCGAGAAGUUUGACCGUUUGCAAUCUGACAUGGUCACUGUUACUUCCGAAGUUGUUCAGGACCAAGCUGCUGCCCGUCGCAGGGCAGAAGACCAGACUGCCAAGCACAACGAAUUGCGCGCAGCCCAUGCUCGUGAGAUCAAGCUCCGUGAGCAACUCGAGCAAGAUGUGCGUGAGUUUGAGGUGCGUGAGAGAGAAGCCGCCAAGAUCAAGUUCGUCCACGAGCAGUCUCUACAGGAGAACAGUCGUUUGGAGGAGAUCAUUGCCAAUUUGCGUGCCGAGAACCAGGACUUGCAAUUGAAGUCAGCCCGUUUCGAGCGGGAGUUCAACGAUGCCCGCGAGAGCGGCAUUAUUGAAGUCCAGCGCACUCGUACUUCUAUGGAAGCGGAUCUUGAGGCUGCCAAUAGCCAAGUCAACAUUGUCCGCGCCGAGCUGGAGGCCCAGAUUAUUCGUCUCCAGAGCCAGGUCGAUCAUAUUAGCAUGAAUGCCGAUACUUCUCGGGAGCGCUACGAAAUGCUCCUCGAGGACGCCAAUGACUCGAAGGUCACUGCCAUGUCCAUUGCCAAGGAAUCCCGGGAGACUGCCCUCGAGGACCAGCGCAAGACACAUGAACGGGUUCUGAACGAUCUCCGCGAGCGCCACGCCCGUGCCCUGCACAACUCCUCCGAGGAUCGCCAGCGUGGUGAGGCUCGUACUGAGGAGCGUCUGGCUCUCGCAGGCGAGAAGGUCAUUCAUCUUCAGGACCGUGUGCAACAUCUGGAGGAGAAGCUUGAGAUUGCACAGUCUGCUGCUCGUGCUGCUGCCGAGGCAGCCCAGAAGGCUGGUUCAGCUCCUAUCACUGUUCCGGCGCCUGCACCUGUACACGCACACUCCUCUUCGCCUUCCAUGUCUUUCAACAAGGGAUCCAAUGAGCCUGAUAAGAUCUCCCCGCAGGCUCUUCGUGAGUCUAUCUUUGUGCUCCAAGAUCAGCUUCAGCAACGCGAGACCCGCAUUGAGGAGCUUGAGCAAGAGGUUGCGUCAGUGGACAAGGAUGCUCCCAACAAGAUCAAAGAACGAGACAGUGAGAUCACUUGGCUUCGCGAAGUGCUCGGUGUUCGUAUCGAUGACCUGCAAGACAUUAUCAAGACCCUCUCACAGCCUUCCUUCAAUCAACAUGCCGUGCGCGAUGCAGCUAUCCGUCUGAAGGCAAACUUACAGAUGCAACAGCAGGAGCGGGAACGUGCCAUGUCUGGACCGACUCUCCCAUCGCUUCAAUCCAUCGCCGCAUCCCCCCGGUCCCUUCCUCUCGCUGCUGCCGCAGCUUGGGGAAACUGGCGCAAAGGCAGAGAGAAUGCCAACGGAGGCAAUAGUCCAUCAGAACAGACUCCAUCCAAGUCCAGCAAUGCGAGUGCCUUCCUCUCUGGUUUGCUGACUCCCCCAAGCUCGCACGUCCGUCAGAAUGCCCCUCACGCCUCUGCUCCGGUGCGCUCAUACGCCGAAACCCGGCCACUAAGGGGAUUCAGUUCUCCUCGUCGCGACUCAGUUCGGUCUGAAGCACCUAUUCCGGAACCACCAAAGACCCCUCCACUUCUCCGUCGCUCAAGCUAUGACCAUGAUGCAGAGCCGGCCAACUACGAAGGAGACAGCUUUGCUACCGAUGAUAUCGAGAGCACUGUUGGCGGUAUGGUCUCAGCUUCUCCCAAAGAGACUGGUGAAGAAGGUCCCUUUGGCCCGCAGAUAUCUUCUGAUACUGAAGAGGGUUCCGACGAGACUGAAGAUUGA